GAAGAAACUGCUCCUGACUUUUUUGUUGUUCUUGUGCGCGAAGACCACGUGCUAAGCGACGAGGAGGGAACAGAGGCCUGCGAUCCAACAGUUUUGCAGUACGAGUUGCAGAAAAAUGUAGCACCUCUGCCGGACGACAUCAAUAUUUUACGACGCAGUCGCGAAGUUUCGCGUGCACUAAAACCCCUCUAUGGCCUGUUUAUCUUUCCGAAAACAUACGUCAUUCGACAACGGGAGCGACUCGGCUGGGCACCAUCGCAGACCUGGAGUAUGUACAUAUUUCCACCGUGGGCGGAAUCAGGACGCCGUCCAUGUCAGGAAAAGAAAUCUGAGCAGCUACAACAAUACUUCGUGAGAAUACCAGAGGUGACCACCGAUGGACUUGUUAGUUGGACAGAUUUGCUUCAAGUAAGGGCCCGAAUACGUGAGCUUUUUAACGUCCAAGACGAUGCAAAGAACUAUGAUAUCUCUUUUGAUGUUGAAGAAGGACUGCAUCUAGUACAGGUACAGCAAGAGCAAGUUACAAUUUCAUAGCAGUUCCUGUUGUAAGUUGCAACUGGCACCACGAGAGGGUAAUAUUAAAGCAUUGGUUCUUCUAUCAGAAGGAGGAGUGUUGCUUAUCUGCAAAAACGUAAAUAACCAAGUCUCCGCUUGUUCAGAGGAAGACCACGGUUGCUGGACUGUACAGAUUGCGAUCGUCUGGAGUCAUAUUAGACAGGAUUGACAAUGGGCCUCGUAACCAG